UUUUGGGUAACCGGACCGUCCUUGAUACAAAUACGACCUUCCUGAUUUCCGUGAAUUUUGGUAUGUUGAAGGCUCUGACCUCGGGAUUAUAUUUAUUAAUAUUAUUUAGAUAUAUGGGCUGCUGAAUGCUCUGCUGAUUUGGUUUCAUAAAUAAACUAAGAAUUAAUUUUAUUUUUUUCUAGAUUUUGGGAAUAAAUCGUUGUAUCGAAAUGGCAUUUCCAAAAAUUUCAAAAAUAUUUUUCCACAAUAAUCGUGUCUAUAUUUGGAUUAUUUUAAGUAAUUUAUAUGGACUUUAUUGGCUUUUAUUCCGACAUCCUUAUAUUUUUAACGGAAUAACUUAUGAAACUUCCUUUGAACCAUUACUUGGAUAUAGAGAUUUCAGAAUGGAAUUACUCAAUGAAGAUUUGAGAGAAUUUACUAUACACUGUACAAUAUUGGCUGUUGGUUCUCCUCUAAUUUAUUUGAUUUUUUCACUUUGUGUUUUCUUCAAAACCCGUGAAUUAAUUGAUAGUGUUUCGAAAGAGGAGAAAAUGGUCUUUCUUCAAGUAUUUAUCAUUUCAAUGUUCAAUACAUCAACAGGUAUUGUUUAUUCUUACAAUAUGAAUCAUCCCGAUCUUGGAAUUUUGCAAAUAAUGAUUGCCCAUUUUUCUUGGUUACAUAUUCAUGGUUUCCCACCAGUAAUUUACUUAACAUUAAACAAAACUGUUCGGACUGACACAAAAAUUCUACUUGGAAAAUUUUUUAGUUUAUUAAAGAAAAAUCAAAAUCAAGUUUCAAAUAUUGUUGGACCUGCCCAAAAUGGCUGA